AUGUCUGUAGACACUUCCACCACUGCAACCGUCGGCACCCAGCUCAGCGAGAAGGCCGCACUCGAAGCGACCAAGCCUGAGCGCAGGAGCAUCACCUUCUGGGAUUCCCAGAAGAUCUGGGUUAAUUCCUGGAAGAAGGACUCGUUGCUUGCUUCGCAAAACGAACUUCUCCACGAAACGCUAGGCAGGGGCGAAUACGCCACGGUGGACGCCUCUCCAAACCCCACCGCCACCGUUAACUUCCAGUUGCAAAACAUCUCAAGGCCAGGCAUCACGGUGCAGUCCCAGACGGUUCCGAUCACGCUCUAUAACAAACCGGGCUACAUCAACGAGGUCUACCUUGAAAACCAAACCGAUCUGAACGCUGCUACCAACGUGGUCAUGCUCCACGGUUACGGUGCUGGGUUGGGUCACUACCACCGCAACUUCAAGAACCUUGUGGAAAACAACGGAAACAUCAAGGUUCACGCCUUAGAUUUGCUCGGCUGCGGUGGAUCAUCCAGCCCUGCUAUCCAGCUUUCCACCAAGUACGUUUAUCCGCCAUCGGUGGAGGUCACGAUCCCAAAGCUGGAGUCGGUUCUCGACCAGGCAACCUUUAGACUUGGGUUUGAGACACCCGAAAAGGCACAGAGAUAUGCUGAAGGCACCAAGGCGGUAGUUUCGGACAUUGAAAACUACUACGUCGAAUCGCUUGAACUGUGGAGAAAGCAGCAAAAGUUGGAGUCGUUCGUGCUCUUUGGCCACUCGUACGGUGGCUACAUGGCCUCUUGUUACGCCCACAAGUACCCAAACCGGAUUGAGAAGUUAGUGCUUCUUUCGCCGGUCGGGGUUGAGCGCAACGCACUCUCUAUCCACAACCCAAACUUGUUUUCCGAGGCAAGAGUGCCGCUGGCCGAUCCAACCUCGUACGACUACAUUGGCAGAUUCGGCAACGGGCUCCCCUCCUGGUUUGUGUCUGCUUGGAACUGCAAUUUUGCCCUCCUCGGAGUGAUCCGAUCUCUCUCGGUGGCGGCUCCAAAGGUCUUGUCGUUGUACACUUUGAACCGAUUCCGCCAGCCGGACAGUGUCACUGAUUCCGACGCCUACAACCGCCUGUUGGGAUAUUUGACCCAGUACUGUUAUAAUUUGUACAAGAGCCGCAGUACGUCCGAGACCGCCAUCACCAAGAUCUUGAGUGGGAGCAUAAUGGCUAAGUGGCCGUUGAUGGAUCGAGUGGAGCAGUACCGGGCCAUUAAGAAGCCGAUCUACUGGUUCUAUGGGACGGACGACUGGAUGAACAGAGAAGCUGGGGCCUCAUUAUCGUCGAAGAUUGGCAAAAACAGUGAGGUGUACACGGUGGACCUGGCUGGACACAACUUGCACAUGGACAAUCCAGACUUGUUUAACAAGAUCGUCAACAGGAUUCUCAAAUAA